AUGAAGUUCAUAACCCCGUUGGCGCUGAGCGCGACCGCCCUCGCGGCGGUCAUUCCCCAACAGGCACCCCUCGGCCCGUCCAUCGUCCAGAACUCUCAGCAGACCAAAUGGUUGAUUGAAUUGGCUCCUUACCAAACACGAUGGGUUACUGAAGAGGAGAAGUGGGCGCUGAAAUUGGAUGGCGUCAACUUCAUCGAUGUCACCGACGAGUUCCAAUCCGGCUCAUACGGUGCCCUCCAUACUACGCGCAUUGUCCGCUACCCCGGUGAAAUGCAUUAUGAGGAAGAGAUCAGCCCGUUAGCUGCCGACCUGUCCAAGGCCAAUAUGAAGAAGAACCUAGAAUACUUUACCUCUUUCCACACCCGGUACUACAAGUCCGAAUACGGCGUUAAAUCUGCCGAGUGGCUCUACACUCAAGUCAACGCAGUCGUCAGCGAGUCUGGUGCGACCGAGUACGGCGCCUCCGUGGAGCGUUUCUCUCACCCGUGGGGCCAAUUCAGUAUCAUCGCCCGCAUCCCGGGCCAGACCAACAACACGGUCGUGCUGGGUGCGCACCAGGAUAGCAUUAACUUAUUUUUGCCGUCCAUUCUGGCCGCCCCGGGCGCUGAUGAUGACGGCAGUGGAACUGUGACUAUUCUUGAAACGCUUCGGGCUCUGCUGCAGUCCGAGACGAUUGUCAAGGGUGAGGCAACGAACACCAUCGAGUUCCACUGGUACUCCGCGGAGGAGGGCGGCCUGCUCGGCUCCCAGGCCGUUUACUCCAAGUAUAAGAAGGACCUGCGUGAGGUCAAGGCUAUGCUGCAGCAGGAUAUGACCGGUUAUGUGCAGGGCACCCUCGACGCUGGCCAGAAGGAGUCCGUCGGCGUGAUUGUCGAUUACGUGGACCAGGGUCUUACUGCCUUUAUUAAGCAGGUCAUCACCACCUACUGCGAUGUCCCCUACGUCGAGACCAAGUGCGGCUACGCCUGCUCCGACCACGCCUCCGCCAGCCGCUUUGGCUACCCAUCCGCCUUCGUCAUCGAGUCUCAAUUCGAGAACUCGGACAAGAAGAUUCACAGCACGGAUGAUCUGAUCAAGUACCUCAGCUUCGACCACAUGCUGCAGCACGCAAAGAUGAGCUUGGCUUUUGCCUAUGAAUUGGCCUUUGCUCCCUUCUAA